CUGCCGAGCAUGUCGGAGACGUCAAGCGCCGACGUGGACAGGGACAGGGACAGGGAGCGGGGCUCCGGCUCUGUUUCCGUCUCGGGCUCCUCCUGUGCAUCCCCCCUUGAGCUGCUGAAGCUCGAGGAAAUCCGCCAGCGUUCCCAUCGACUGGUCGCUCGGCUGCAGCAGGCGCAGUGGGAAAUGACCGCCUCCGCGAGCAGGCAACCGGCAGCGAUAUCCACAGCCACAGCAUCCGUUACCACUGUGUUCAUGCAGCCUCGGCUUGUGGAGAUGCUGCCAGGUCCCUCGCAGGCUGGCAACCGACCUGGCUCCAUACCGAUAGCCAUACCCAUGCCGAUGCAGUACCUGCCCAUGCAGAUGCCCUCCUACCCGAUGCCGAUGCAGAUGGCCGCCCAGCCGCCACCCAGCCAUGCGCCGCCCAUGCAGAUUCAUCCGAAUCGGCCGAACGCCCCCGGGAACGCCCAAUCUGCUUCCAGUCACAGCAAGAAGUCGAAGCGAACGCUUAGGAACGAGGUGGAGGCCCUCCAGGAAAUGAUCAAGGCGCUGAGCGUGGUCUCCCCGGAGGUCAAUGCGUAUGCCGGGCAGCUGAUCCGUCAGAACGAGGUGCUCUCACAGCUGGAGUGGACUGCCUCCAGGAUGCCGCCUCAGAACUUGAUCCGUCAGCUGCCCCAGCGAAUAGAUGGUGGAAGCGAGAUGGCCCGGAGGCAGCUGCAACAGCAGCAGCGAAUGGAGGGACGCAGGCGUAACGAUUCUGAGGUCUCGAGCGGAAGCAGCAACAGCGCCUCCGCCAAGCAGCCGCAGCAGUCGGGACAGGGAAGCGGACGGAAGCGGAAUCGCAGGAAACGCGACAGCGCCGAAAAGGGCUCCACCACCCAGUCGCAGAAGACCGAGCUGCAGGCCAUGCGAUCGUACAUAAACAAGAUAGUCCAGCACUACGUGGGCACGGACCAGCCGCUGCCACCUGAAAUGCUCUUCUCCGGCAACUUCUCCGACUUGGAGGAGCACGCCCAGCGCCUCGCUUCGGCUGGCUAUGGUCGCAUCGUCGAGGAGGAGAUACGGGUGAACCGCAAGAACAAUAGGCAGGCCUUCAUCACGAUGUCCAACGAUCGUGAGGCCCUCGAAAGGGAUGGCAUCGUUCUCCUGCCAGUGGCCCGACGCUACGCCUUCGAGGGGGACAAGGUGCGGGCCUUUGUGCUGCAUGGUAGCAGUUCAAAGCCCGAGUCCGAGUCGCUACCCUCGGGAGGCAUCACGGGCGGCAAGCCGUCUAUAUCCCUGGGGGACGAUGAGGAGCUCUCGGACGACACGGAGUCGCAAGACUCUGACGCCGACGCAGACAACGUGGUGAUUAUUUCCUCGGACAACUGUCCCAAGGCCUUCGUCAUAGCCAUCACCAAGCAGACGGAGCUGCGCCAGAUCGUGGGCACCAUAUCUUUCACGAACCCCAUCAGGCUCUGCGACGACCAGCUCUUCUACAAGUUCCGCCCGUACGACCUGCGUGUGCCCAUGGUCUAUGUACCACAGGACGCCUGUGCCGCCCAUAUCGGCACUAUGCCUCCCGGGGAGGUUUCCGGCCUACUCUACUUGGCCCACAUCCUCGAGACGGACUGCAACGGGCACUGCAUUGCGGAGCUUAUUCAGCCGGUGGGUCGCGUGGGUAACCUGGAGGACGAGCUGAAGGCGAUUCUCUUCCACAAUGGUCUCCGGGAUAUAAAGCCGUUUGAACAGCGCUUCAAUGACAUGUACUCCCAGCCGGCAGCGGCCGUAAGCGCGGAGGAUCUGGUUCAGCGGAGGGAUCUGCGGAAGAAAUGCAUCUUUACCAUAGAUCCUAUGACGGCACGCGACCUGGACGACGCCGUUUCCAUUGAGCAACUGGCCGACAACGAGUACGAGGUGGGCGUCCACAUAUCCGACGUAUCGCACUACCUCAUGGAGGACAGCGAGCUGGACAACAUCGUCAAGGAGCGAUCCACGUCCAUUUAUUUGGUCAACGAGGUGAUUCACAUGCUACCCCAGCCCCUCUGCAUGCGCUGUUCCCUGCUGCCGGGCGAGGACAAGUUCGCCUUCUCGGUCUUCUGGCGAAUGAAUGGGGAGGGGGUCAUGCUGCAGGAGAAGCCCACCUUCGCCCGCACGGUCAUCAACUCGUGCACGCAGUUCGCCUACGAGCAUGCCCAGAAGAUCAUCGACAAUCCCGGAGAGCGCUUCACCGACAACGACUUUCCGACCAUUUUGAACGGCUUUGGGGCGAAGGACAUUGUGAAGAGAGUUCGGUUGCUGCACCAGAUCGCCGGCUCCAUGCGGAAGGUGCGCUUCGAAAACGGCUCCCUGACUAUCAACAACGCCAAGCUGCGCUUCGUCCUGGACCCUAUCAGCGGCGAGCCGGUGGCGUUCGAGGUGGAGAAGCAACGCGAGGCGAACCGCAUGAUCGAGGAGUUCAUGUUGCUGGCCAACCAAGCGGUGGCGCGCUUUAUACACGACUCCUUCCCCGACAUGUCGGUGCUGCGCAACCAUCCUCCGCCGCUCACCAAGUCCCUGAAGGCACUGCGGGAGAAGCUGGUGGCCCUGGGCUUCGAGCUGGACUACUCCUCCUCGAAGGCGCUCCAGGAGAGCAUGGUGCGGCUAUGCAACGAGGCGCCCAAUCCCGUGGCAAUGAAUGCCUGCCUCAGUCAGCUGCUGAUGAAGCCCAUGGCCAGGGCCACCUACUUCUGCAGCGAAGGCAAAACGGAGCCGGCGGAUCUCUGGCACUACGCCCUGUCCAUUCCGAUCUACACACACUUCACCAGCCCUAUUCGGCGGUAUCCGGACAUCAUGGUGCAUCGCCUGCUGGCAGCCGGUCUCAACUACUGCCCGCCGCCCGGACGAAGUCCGGACGAGCUGCACGCCCUCACCAAGCUGGCCAACGAGCGCAAGUACAGCGCCAAAAUGGCCGGAGACGACUCCGGCAACCUGUUCUUCAAGCGGUUCGUGCGCAACAAGCAGGUCAUCCACAUGAAGGCCGUGGUCAUGGAGAUAUUCCAGCACAUGAUGAACGUGGUCACCCUGGAGUCGGGGCAUGUCAUCAGCAUAAACUUCAAGAUGCAGAAGGUGCUCGUGGACACGCAGCAUGCGCCCAACUACAUCCUGAUUGCGGAGCGCAAUCUGAAGCAGUCGCACAAGCUGCAGCUUCUCUCUGUGGUGCCCAUUCGCCUGAUGAUUUGGGACAACAAGCUGACCGGAGUCCUGACCAUGGGCGAUCCGCGUCCCCAGGCGCACAAGGAGCAGCAGCAGCAGCAGCAGCAACAGACCAGCGGAUCCGACAACAGCCAGAGGAAGCAGCAGCAGAAACCACACCAACAGCAGCAGCAGCGACACCAGCAGCAGAGUGUUUUCGCGAUGAGGCAAGACAGCUUAUAAACGCACACAAUCCCGACUCCUUUAUACUGCCCUUUGAAUACCAUUACUGACCAUUGGGCCAGGCGAUCAUCUCCGCCUGGCCAAAAUUGACUCUGUGAUGCUAACGACUAACGACAAACGACGUAUGUAUGUGGAAUGUACAUUAAAUUGUAAGAAUCAACCAAAUUGCAGGAUGCCCAACAUAAUAAAACAACAGUCGAACAAACA